GAAGAAGAAGAAGGAGAUUAAACUUUAAAGGAAAAAGGUGAACAAAUUGGAAGUGUCGCCGACCAUUAACGUCUGCUCCGAUCAGCAGCAAAAGGGCCUAAAAAAACCCAGUAACCCGUUGUUUAUAUAUUACUCUUACAAAUCCACGGGUGAAAGGAGUGCAAAGAGAAGAGACAGCACCUCCGCCUGGUCUUCUAUUCUCUUCAUCAGAUUCUUCAUCCGACUCCCGAGUCCAAAACCCUAUCGCUUCUCGCUCGUUGGGUUUGGUUUCAGAUUGCUUGCAGUACACGCGUGGAUUUCCUCUGCACAUCGCCCAUGGGUUGUGCAUCUUCUCUACCAGACCGGAGUUCUGGGCAGUUGGGUGUACUUAAUCCGGACAGCAACGGGUCAACUGAUUCAAAGAGCCUUCGUGUAAAGCUCGUUUUGUUAGGUGAUUCUGGUGUUGGUAAAAGUUGCAUUGUCCUUCGCUUUGUCAGGGGUCAAUUUGAUCCAACAUCUAAAGUAACUAUUGGAGCCUCAUUUCUCUCACAAACAAUAGCGCUACAGGAUUCCACGUCAGUGAAGUUUGAAAUAUGGGAUACUGCAGGACAAGAGAGGUAUGCUGCAUUGGCCCCGCUCUACUACCGGGGUGCUGCAGUUGCUGUUAUUGUCUACGAUAUAACCAGCCCAGAGUCCUUCAAUAAAGCACAGUAUUGGGUCAAGGAACUUCAGAAACAUGGGAGUCCUGAUAUAGUGUUGGCUUUAGUUGGUAACAAGGCCGAUCUUCAUGAGAGCAGAGAAGUGCCUACUCAAGAUGGCGUGGAAUAUGCUGAGAAGAAUGGAAUGUUUUUCAUCGAGACUUCUGCAAAGACAGCUGACAAUAUCGGUCAUCUUUUUCAGGAAAUCGGCAAACGGCUCCCUCGCCAGCAGCCAGAACAGCCCUCGUCAUGAUCUUCCAGGUUCUUGAAACAAAAAGAAAAUGUAUUAUGCAACUGACAUUUGGUAUGGAACAGAACACUUCUUGUAUCAAGUUUGUACAUAGUCAUCGCGACUCUGCUGGCUCCAAACUCCCUGAUCUAUUGUCUGUCUGCGAUGCUGUUGUGAACAUGAUUGGAAUACCUGCCUGUCUUGAUUGUUUUAUUGAAGGACUUGCCAGUUGGUUUGAAAUAUCCAUACCAUUUUUACCAAAAAAAGGAAUAUCCAUACAGUUCUUCCCAACUGCGACCCAAUCGCCUAGGCUGUUGGUUUGACACAAGCAUAGUUAUGUGAAUUUUGUCAGAGUUCAGUUUUGUGUUCUAAUGCUUCAGG